CGCGAGAGGCCGCCGAUAAAGGUUGGGUGCCUCGCGCCGGGGGCCGUUGGGAGGGAGUGCGCCCCCGCCCCCCCUCCCCGGCCCCCGCUCCUUCGCCGCCGCUCCCGGGGCCCUGCCUUCCCGUCGGCCCCCGCGGGAAGGUCCUGGGACGCCCCCUCCCCUCGUUCCCCCGGCCGGGGCCGCAGGUGAGAGACCGGAGGGGGUGGGGGGAGGGCCCGGGGGGCGGAGACGUAGGGGAAACGGCGAGCGUGAAACCGGAAGGGAUGCCUUAAAGGGAAGGUCGCUGUUUCACCCCCGACUGGGUCCCCUGGGUUGGCUCCGCCCUUUUAAAGGGCAAGGGGCUGAUUUUUAAAGCGGCGGGGUCGUAUCUUUUAUUUGAGAAGUAUUUUUUCUGCAGAUGCGCAUAUCCUUUUCACCCCUUUUUUUCCUUGACAGGGAGUGACAGUUUCCUAGACUUUGAAGGAGAAGCUUCUAAAGCUUGGUUGCUUCCUAGCAAUGUUUACUUGAGUAACGCAAAGAUGGAGAUGGGUGUGCAAGGGCUGCAGACUCUUAAAGGGGAAGCCCAACCUGGUGAAAAGGUGUGGUCCUGCUCUGGGUAGUGCAAACAGUGACCACGCUGGGCUGCUCACCUAAAGGUUGUUGGUUCAAGUUCACCCAUAGGCCUCUUGGAAGAAAGUCCUGGCAAUCUGCUUCUGAAAAACCAGCCAUUGAAAACCUUAUGAACACAGUUCUACUCUGACACACAUGGGGGCACCAUGAGUGGGAAUCAGAUCAACUGGCAACUGGCUUUUGGUUUUGCUUUGUGUUCUAAGAUGGGUCCCAGCUUUUCUGGGGCAUGGAUCUUUUAAGGCGAUGUCUGGCCUUUUCAAAAGCAUGUGCAGCUUCUUGGAGUAAUUACUUUCUUAAAAAAACUUGCUUACAUGAUAAAAGAAACAUUUAUUUUUUCCAAUCAAUAACCUGUCAUCGUGGAGUGGAUUCAGACUCAUGGCAGUCUCAUGUGUCAGAAUAGAACUGCACUCCAAAGGGUUUUCAGUGAUUGAUUUUUUUGGAAGUAGAUCUCCAGGCCCUUCUUCUGAGGCGCCUCUGGAUGGACUGAAUCUCCAGCCUUUCACUUAGCAGCCGAAUACGUUAAGCGCUUGUACCAUGCAGGAACUUUUCAAAGGGAAUGCUUAUAGCCUCUCAAAGGGUAUAUCCGGCACUUGUUCAUGCAACAUUUAUUUAUUGAAUAAAUACUGUGUGUCUGACAUUUUAGUACUGGGAUAGGAUAGUGAACCAGCAGUGGUCCAUAGUUUUGUGAAGUUGACAUUCUAGCAUGGGGAGAGAGAUAGCAAAACAGAAAACAUACGUACAUUAUAUAGCAGUGGUUUUCAACUGGGGAAGUUUUGCCCCCCGCGUGGGGUCUACCGGUAGGCAAGGGCCAGUCUGGCAGUGUCUGGAGACAUUUUUGGUUGUCACAACUCUAAGGGGGGGUGGCAUGCACUGGCAUCUAGUGGGUGGAGGCCAGAGGUGUGCUAAACAUCCUACAAUGCACAGGACAGCCCCCCCGCCCCAGCGAAGAAUCAUCCAGCCGCAAAUAUUAAUAGUGCUGAGGUUAAGAAACACUGAUUAUGUAGUUAUCUGGGUUCUAAUAAGGGAGCUCUGGUGGUACAGUGGUUAAAGUGCUGCUAACCCAAAGGUCAGUGGUUUGAACCCACCAGCAGCUCUGAGGGAGAAAAGACUUGGCAAUCUGCUCCUGUAGAUUAAAAAAAAAAUUUACAGCCUAGAAAACCUUAUGGAGCAGUUCUUUGUCCUGUAGGGUCACUCUGAGUCAGAAUCGACUUAAUGGCAUACAGCAGUAAUAUGUUUUAAUAUAUGUAUGUUAUAUAUGUUUGAAAGGAGUCCUGGUGGUGCAGUGGUUAAAGCGCUUGGUUGCUAACCAGAAGGUUGGUGGUUUGAACCCACCAGAUGCUCCUUGGGAGAAAGAUGUGGCAGCCUGCUUCUGUCAAGAUUUACAACCUUGGACACCCUAUGGGGCAGUUCUACUCUGUCCUGUAGUUUCGCUAUGAGUCUGAAUCUACUUGACAGCAAUGGCUUUUUACAUUUGUCAGAUGAUAAGCACUAUGGAGGACAAGGUAAGGCAGGGAAAGAAUGGGGAGUGUUGGAAAGGGUUGCACAUUUGAACAGGGGUGGUCAGGGAAGGCAUCACGGAGGUGAUGUCUCAGCAGAGCCUUGGAUUUCUUGGACAGCAGAAGGGAGGGGCACUAGGCAAGGGCCAGUGCAGGGGCUCUGCAGUGGGAGCAUGCCUUCCCAGCUCAGCUGGGGGGCUGGAGCAGAGUGAGGGGUAGGGAGGCUCGCUGGAGAAUAAGUAAAGGCAGGAACUUGGGGAGGGGGUGGCUGGCGGGCUUUGGGAAGGCCUUGUCAGGCCCUCCUAGGGGAUCUGCCUUUCGCUGAGAUGGGAAAUGGUGAAGGGUUUUCAGCAGAGGCACACAGUGACCUGAUCUACAUGUUGAUGGGUUUACUUUAGCUGCCCUGUUGGGAAUAGAUGAGGUAGGAAGGGUCGGAGAUCUGUUAGGAGUCUGUUGCCACUGCCCUGGAGAGAGCUGUUGGUGCCUGGGACAAAGGUGUUGAUGGUGUGUGUAUGAGAAGCAGCCAGAUUCCAAAUAUGCUUCAGAUAGGGUCACUAUGAGUCAGAAUUGGCUCGAUGGCAGGGGGUUUAGUUUGGUUUGACUUUUAGACUGGGGUAAAGGAGCUGUGGUGGCACAAUGGUUAAAUGCUUGGCUGCUAACCUAAAGGUUGGAGGCUCAAACCCACCAGUGGCUCCACAGGAGAAAAGACCUGGCAAUCUGCUUCUAUAAAGAUUACAGCCAAGAAAACUCUAUAGGGUAGUUCUACUCUGUUACAUGGGGGUAGCUAUCAGUCGGAAGCGACUCCACAGCAGCUGACUACCACAACAACAGACCAAGGGACUCGACGCACUGAGGGUUAUAGAGUGAGGAAGACAGGUGUCAAGGAGGACCCCAGGCUCUUGGCCUGAGCAGCUGGAAGAACUGAGCUGCCAUGUGCGGAGCUAGGGAGGACCGUGGAGGGAGGAGAGUUUUGCUGGGGCAGAAGGGGCUCAGGAGCAAAAACUGUAGUUCUGUUUUGGGCAUGUUAAGUUUGAGGCACCUCUUAGAUGUCCCAGUGGUGUUGUCUAGCAGGCAUUUUGGAGUUCAGAGGGGAGGUCUGGGGUAGAGAUAGGUGUUUGCUUGUAGAUGGUGUUUAAAGUCCUGAGAGUGGACAGCAUGGUUAGGGAGAGUGUGGAUGAAGGAUGGUCAUAGGGUGACAGCCCUGGGAGAUGAGGAGCCAGCACAAGAGACGGAGCGGGAGCAGCAGGUGCAGGGGGUGGAAAGACAGAGAGGACAGUGGGGCUCUGGAAGCUAAGGGAAGAGGUUGAAGGAAAGAGUGACCACGGGAGUCACUGCCCAGAUGAGCACUGAGGGCUGAGUGCUGGAUCCAGCCCCAUGGAGGUCAUUGGUGACAUUGACUGGAGCAGAGUGGGGGAAUGCUGGGAACACACAUCUGAUUAAAGCGGUUUGACAGAGGGAAGAGAGCACGUGUUGAUCAUACAUUUGAGGUGCUGUGCUGUAAAGGGGUGGAGAGACAGGAAGCUGGAGCUGGAGGGGGAAGGACGUGGGGUGGAGAGUUUUUUACUUUUUUAAAGACGGAAGACAGAGCUGGUUGGUGUGCUGAAGGGAGCCAUCCAGGAGACAAAAGGAAAUGGAGGAUGCAGGAGAGAGAAAGGGCAGGAGUGCAGAAGCAAUGUCCCAGAGUUAGCAGGAUGGAGGGCCUCUGGUGCCUAAGGGGAGACAGUGGCUUUUGGUAGGGGUCGGAUUGUGUGUCCUUUGGGAGAAGUCAGAGUUCUGGGCACAGAGGGUGGUGGGUUGCUGGAUGGAGGGAAGGCAGGACCCUCAACCUGGGCACUGCUGACAUCUCAGGCCUGAGAAGUCUUUGCCUUGGGGAUGGUCUUAUGCCCUGUAGAGUAUGGAGCAGCAUCCCUGAACUCCACUCACUAGAUGCCAGUAACACCACUCCCCCCGACAGUCAUGACAACCAAAAAUGUUUCCAGACAUGGCCACGCGUCCCUGGUCUAGGCCCGCUGGUGUAGCGGCAUGACCAUGUGAAUGUUGUCUUCUGAAUGCUUUUAUUUUUGGAGUGAAAUAACCAAGGGCCAGGCUGCCUGCUAAGAGUCAAUGGCAUAGGAGGAGCUGGAGGUUUGAGGAGGAGAGAAGAAACAUGGCCAAAUGAUUAUCGUUGGAGAUGAGGGUGGGGAUGAACGAGCAGAGCAAUGCAGUGCCCGGUGUAGGAGCUCUUAAGUUAGCCCCGGGGCAGGAAUGCAGGUGUAGCCACGUGGCAGGGCCUACUCCCACCACCAUUCUGUGGCUGCCUCCUCUCUGUGGCUGUGCUCCAGGUUGUUGGUGGCUGCAUGGGAGUGAUUUUAAUGGUGGCUUGAGGCCUUUAUGCUGGGUAAAGAGGCCUAUGGGUGGUAUAGUGGUUUGCACUCGACUGCUAACCUAAAGAUUUGUGGUUCGAAUCUACUCAGUGGUGCCACAGAAGAAAGGCCUGGUAACCUGCUUGCAUAAAAGAUUGACCCAUUGCCAUCAAGUUGAUUCCGACUCAUAGCAACCCUGUAGGACAGAGUAGAACUCUACCCUAGAGGGCUUCCAAGACUGUGAUCCUUACAGAAGCAGACUGCCACAUCUUUCUCCUGUGGAGCGGCUGGUGGGUUCGAACCCACUGACCUUUCUGUUAGCAGCCGAGCACUGUUAUGCCACCAGAGCUUCUUCCAGGGCUCCAGAAAAACCCUGUGGAGGAAUUCUACUAUUGAUAACAUGUGGGGUCACCGUGAGUCAGAAUUGACGCGACAUGAUCGGGUACUAAGAGGAACGUGGGGAUGUGGGGAAACCCUGGUGGCGUAGUGGUUAAGUGCUACGGCUGCUAACCAAAGGGUCAGCAGUUCGAAUCUGCCAGGCGCUCCUUGGAAACUCUAUGGGGCAGUUCUACUCUGUCCUGUAGCAUUGUUAUGAGUCAGAAUCGGCUCGAUGGCACUAGGCUUGGUUUUGGUUUUGUGGGGAUGUGGGUAGGGGUGGAGGGUGCACAGCUGGCAGGGUCUGCUGAUUGUAAAUCCUGGUGGGGUCUUGGGACUUGUGGAGUUGGGGCAGCAGCAGGAGUGAGCUAGAAAGAUGGACAGUGUUGGAGAGUAGGAUGGGUGAGGUAAAGACCAGGAAGGGUUUCAGCUGUAGUGAAAAAAGGUUUAGGGUGUAGUCAUGGAGGACAAGAUCUUUAGAGGAGGGAGGGGGCCAAGGAAAGGAAAACAAGGUAAUGGAAAAAUACCCCCUUCACCUUCUGCAGACAAACAAAACCCAAAUACUUUGUGGUUGGUGACCCCACGUGCUACAGAGUACAAGUGCUCCAUAGGAUUUUCUUGGCUGUAAUCUUUGUGGAAGCAGAUUGCCAGGCCAUUUUUCUGCAGUGCCACUGAGUAGGUUCCAACUGCCAACCUUUAGGUUAAGUAGCCAAGCCUGAACUUUGCUCCACCCAGGAACUUUCCACUUUUUGCAUGGACACAGCUUACCUUUUAGGGGGAAUGAGCAGAAUCGUAAACGGAAUGUUUGGCCUCCUAAAGAUCACCCCAGCGCCCUGGAGGAGAUGCUGACGUCCUAGGGUGUGAUGGUCGGCUCGCACGUGGACAUGGCACCUGCCUCCACCUCGGAGGGCGCCGGCGAGAAGCCGGGACCUGCUGCUCCAGCCCCAGCGGCGCAGUAUGAGUGCGGCGAGUGCGGCAAGGCCUUUCGCUGGUCAUCUCGACUUCUGCACCACCAGCGCACGCACACGGGCGAGCGGCCCUACAAGUGCCCCGACUGCCCCAAGGCCUUCAAGGGCUCAUCGGCCCUGCUCUACCACCAGCGUGGACACACGGGCGAGCGACCCUACCAGUGCCCUGACUGCCCCAAGGCUUUCAAGCGUUCCUCGCUGCUGCAGAUCCACCGUAGCGUGCACACAGGCUUGCGCGCCUUCACCUGCGGCCAGUGUGGCCUGGCCUUCAAGUGGUCUUCCCACUACCAGUACCACCUUCGCCAGCACACUGGCGAGCGGCCCUACCUGUGCCUGGACUGUCCCAAGGCCUUCAAGAAUUCGUCCAGCCUGCGGCGCCACCGGCACGUGCACACGGGAGAGCGGCCAUACACCUGCGGCGUGUGCGGCAAGAGCUUCACGCAGAGCACCAACCUGCGGCAGCACCAACGUGUGCACACGGGCGAGCGGCCCUUCCGCUGCGCACUCUGCCCCAAGACCUUUACGCACUCCUCCAAUCUGCUGCUGCACCAGCGCACACAUGGUGCCGCUGCCCCUGCGACCACGCCUGCCCCAGGGACUGCCACUUCUGCCCCCGCCACCCCCCAGCACCGCUGUGAGCCCUGCGGCAAGGUCUUCGUUUCUGAGGCUUACCUGCAGCGGCAUCUGCAGUCCCACGGCCCGCCUGUGCCCCCACCUGCACCCGCGCCAGCGCCGGCGCCCCCACCCCCGCCCGUGGUCCCCGAGCUCUUCCUGGCUGCCGCCGAGACCACAGUGGAGCUCGUUUUCCGCUGUGACGGUUGUGAGCUGGGCUUCGGCAGCGAGGAGCUGCUGCUGGAGCACCAGCCAUGCCCGGGGCCUGAGGUGGCACCCCCGCCCCCACCCUCGGACACACCCGCCGCUUCUACUGCCUCCAAGCCAGACCCACCUCCGGCGCUGUCCCCACCCUCGCCCCUGCCUGUCUCGGCACCAGCCACAGCCCCCGGCUUCGCCUGCCUGCCCUGCGGCAAGUCCUUCCGGACUGUGGCAGGCCUCUCGCGCCACCAGCACAGCCACAGCACAGCCAGUGGGCAGGCGUUUCGCUGUGGCAGCUGCGACGGGGCCUUCCCACAACUAGCCAGCCUCCUGGCACACCAGCAGUGCCACGUGGAGGAGGCGGCAGCUGGGCGCCCGCCCCCCCAGGCCGAGGCAGCCGAGGUCACCUGCCCACAGGAGCCGCCGCCACCGCCCACUGCGGCUCCGGCCGAGCGGCCCUACAAGUGCGCCGAGUGUGGCAAGGCCUUCAAGGGCUCAUCGGGCCUGCGCUACCACCUGCGGGACCACACGGGUGAGCGGCCCUACCAGUGCGGUGAGUGCGGCAAGGCCUUCAAGCGUUCGUCCCUGCUGGCCAUCCACCAGCGAGUGCACACAGGCCUGCGUGCCUUCACCUGCGGCCAGUGCGGUCUCACCUUCAAAUGGUCCUCCCACUACCAGUACCACCUGCGGCUGCACUCGGGUGAGCGGCCCUACGCAUGCGGCGAGUGUGGCAAGGCCUUUCGCAACACGUCAUGCCUGCGGCGCCACCGCCAUGUGCACACGGGUGAGCGGCCCCACGCCUGCAGUGUGUGCGGCAAGAGCUUUGCGCAGACCUCCAACCUGCGGCAGCACCAGCGCGUGCACACAGGCGAGCGGCCGUUCCGCUGCGCACUCUGCCCCAAGACCUUCACGCACUCCUCCAAUCUGCUGCUGCACCAGCGCACGCACUCUGCCGAGCGCCCCUUCACCUGCUCUGUUUGCGGCCGUGGCUUUGUCAUGGCCGCCUACCUGCAGCGCCACCUGAGGACGCACACCCCUGCCAACCCAGCCCCCAGCCCCAGCCCCACCGGUCCCCAGCCCCCAGCCCCGCUGGCUGCUGCCCCACCCGCCACCCAAGACGUUCACGUCCUCCCACACCUGCAGGCCACACUCUCCCUCGAGGUAGCAGGGGGCACGGCCCAGACCCCGCCCCUGGGUCCCGCUGCACCCAACUCCCAGACGUUCCUCCUGGUGCAGACAGCCCAGGGCCUCCAGCUGAUCCCCAGCAGCGUCCAGCCCUCCACCCCUCCGCCCCCACCUGCGCCUCCCAAGCUCAUCUUGCUGCCUCCUCCCAGUGCUAGUGGGUGCGGGGGCCGGGCUAGGCAGGGCCAACGUGCUGUGGGGAAACCCGGGCAGGGGGCUGGUGUGGUCUGGCUGCCGAGCCCUGGGGGGCUGGGGGUGCAGGGAGGAGCCAGCCCUGGGGCCAAUGGGGGAGGGCAGAGCCUCAUAGUUCUGCAGAAUGUGGGGGGUGGGGAUGCAGGGGCGCAGGAAGUGAGCGGGGUCCAGCUCCAGCCCCUCCGGCCAGCCCAGGAAGUGACCACGGUCCAGCUGCAGCCGGCCCAGGAAGUGACCACGGUCCAGCUGCAGCCGGCCCAGGAAGUGACCACGGUCCAGCUGCAGCCGGCCCAGGAAGUGACCACGGUCCAGCUGCAGCCGGCCCAGGAAGUGACCACGGUCCAGCUGCAGCCGGCCCAGGAAGUGACCACGGUCCAGCUCCAGCCGGCCCAGGAAGUGACCACGGUCCAGCUCCAGCCCGUGGCGGGCCAGCUCACCAGUCCCGGUGGGGGCGCCGUGACUACGGAGGCCCCCAACCUGCUGGUGGUUCAGAGUGGGGCAGCGGAGGAGCUGCUCACAGACCCCGGCCAGGGGGAGGCGGGUGACGGCGAGGCCAGCGCCGGCGUAGUCCAGGAUGUCCACUUUGAGACGCUGCAGACGGACGAAGGGCUGCAGAGCGUCCUGGUGCUGAGCGGGGCGGAUGGCGAGCAGACCCGCCUGUGCGUGCAGGAGGUAGAGACCCUCCCUGCCGGCCUAGCGGAGCCACCUGCCCCGGGCCCACCCGGACAGAAACUCCUCAUCAUCCGCAGCGCCCCAGCCACUGAGCUGCUGGAGAACAGCGGCGUCGGGGGCGGUGGCACCACGCUGCAGCUCCUGGCCCCACCCCCGCCUGGGCCUGCGCCCGCCCCAGCAGGCAUCCCCGCGGCGCCCACCCCCCAGAUGGUCCAGGUGGUCCCCGCCGGGGCCGGGAUCCAGCAAGGCGUGCCCUCCAUCCAGAUCGUGCAGACCCUGCCCGCGGUCCAGCUGGUGCACACAUUUUGAGGACACCGACUGGUACUUCUUCCUGCCUCAGAGCGAGACCCCGGCUCUGUCCGUCUUGGCUGGGCUCCGGAGAGGGAGGGGCUGCAGCCUGAGUUUGCUAAUAAAGAUCGAGAAUCUCUUUCCCUUUUUUUUCUUUGGGGGGCGAUUGAGGCGGGAGAGGAGAAAGGGGCAAUGUCAAGGUCAAGGCGGCAGCCUGCGAGCUCCGACUCUCCGGGUCUGCAGAUGACUGGCUUUGCGCUUUGGGGCCAGUUACUUCUAUGUGGGUUCAGUUUCCCUGUCCUGAGAAAAGGGACGCAUUGGUAACUAUAGGGGGAAGGUUGGAGUCAGAACCCUGGUUAAGCCACUUGUAAGUCGCCCCGUCCUCCCCUCAUCUGAAAAACGAGUGGGUGGGAAUUCUCACCCCUAAGGGACCGCGAGGCCAGACGCCCAGGCUGAGGCCCUUGGGCAUGGGAAGGGUCGGCCCCCGCGGCCUGGAUGCUGACUGCGACCCUGGCCCCUCCUGCGAAGGCCCGCGUGCCAAAGAGAAUCGAUUCACUAGCAACACACACGCACACGGCGCUCACGUUGCCUAGCAACUAGGGGACGUCUCGAAGUGAGCGUGCGUUCACCCUCCGCGGGCCUGGUAAGUAGAGCUCCCCGCCCCCACGGCAUCUGAUCUCGCGGACCCGGCCGGCCAGGGCCAGUGUCCAGGGCCGUCUCCCGAUUGCUCCUUCUCCGGGGACCAGAGAGGCCACCCCCCGGCAGGAUCACCGCUUCCUGACGCUGUCCCUCAACCCCCGGGAGUCCAGCGCUCUGCCCUUCCGGACACUUGGCAACCGUUGCUAAGGCCGAGUCAGGCACCGCCCGCUACACCCCCCCAGCUGCAAGAGUUUACGUCACUUCCGCCGGCGACCCCUUUCCG